AUUUGUAUGCUGUUACUUUUAAGUUGUAAGUCGUAACUUUUUAUGUGUUAAUGAUCUGCAACCAACGUGACACCUGUUCUUAUGAGUUAAUUAAUUAAUUUGUCGUAUUUUUAGUUAUUAGUUGUUAGUGCUCAAUAAUAAUAGAAUAACAAUUAUAAAUUUUUGCCCGUAUAUUUUUUUUAUUGCCAUUGACGGCCGUAAUUAGCAAAAAUUGUUUCCGUACCGUUCCCGAACAUUGCGUUUUAAACGCUCAAGACCGUGUCCGUUUCGUUACUAACUCGCUACUUAUUGAAUUUUUGUCGUGUUUUUACCCGUAGGCGGUUUGUUGGGCGUUAUACUGCAUACACUGAUGAAGAGGGUUGAUACAAAUAUUGUACAACUAUCACAUAAAAACAAUCAAUAUCUAAAUGGUAUUUUAAUGUGAUGGAAACUGAAACAAUAGUUAUGAGUAGUAGAAGACGAAUGGUGCUCAAACCACUUUCUCCAGGAGCAAGUUUACAAUGUAAAGAACAGAAACUCUCCAAUGAUAUAAAUGAGCAUGUUCCAAUUCAACCACCUGCUACACUCAUUUCUCCAAAAAAUGACAGAAAAAAAAUUUUGUUCCAAGACACUCUAGUUCCUGAAAUAAUACCUACAGUACAACGUAAUAAAGUUUUAUUGACAUGUACAAUCAACAAUGACUUAUCAGAUUCUGAUGAUUCUGAUUUUGAAGAUUCUACAGUAAACAAUGCACCUUUAUCACCAACAAGCAAUCAAAAACUAUACUAUAUCAUUAUAUUUUUAUGUUGGGCCGCUGUUCAGUACUGGAUGAUUGCUGUAGCUGGUUUUGGAGCAGUAUUUUUUGCUGUUUCUGCUCUUAUUGCUAUUUAUUAUAAUACUUCAAAUUUAAAAAAAAAACCUGAUACUUUAAGUGCAUACUCUGUGUUUAAUCCUCAAUGUAAACCUAUCCAAGGAUCUGUAGAUCCUAAACAAUUGGAACGUGAGCUGCUAUUUAGUUAAUUAUAAUGUUAAAUCAAUAAAAUAUGUUAUUAUUCUUUUUUAAUUAUUUAUGGUGUUUACUGUCUAAUUUGUUACUGUAAUUUAAAACAUACAUUUUAUUCAAAUUAUGAUUUAAAUAUGUUAAUUU